AUGACUCACGGUCGAGUUCCGUUGCUAGCCAAGAAGUUGAAGAUUGCCUUGUUACAAGUGGCCCCUGGUACGAGCGUAUCAGCAAAUUUGACAAAGGUUGAAGAGUACGCGACGAAUGCGAAAAAUAUUUACCCAGAUGUGGACUUGCUCAUGCUACCAGAAUUCUUCAAUUCUCCAUAUGAUGUUGCAAAGUUCCGUGAGUACGCCGAGCCCAUUCCAAACGGUAAAACCACCAAGUUUUUGUCCCUUUUAGCUCGAAGCCUCAGUGUAAUAAUUGUGGGCGGUUCAAUACCUGAGCUUGAUGGUGAAAAGGUAUAUAACACCUCUGUUACAUUCAACGUGAAAGGAGAGCUUAUUGGAAAGCACCGCAAAGUGCAUUUAUUCGACUUAGAUAGCCCGAAAGGCGCAUUUAGGGAAUCGGAUAGUUUAUUCCCAGGAGACAAAGCCACUAAUAUCGCACUACCAUCCUUUGGCCAAAUUGGGCUAGCAAUCUGCUACGACAUCAAAUUUCCUGAGCUUGCUGCAAUUGCCGCUCGAAAGCACAACGCCUUUGCCAUGUUCUAUCCUGGCUCUUUCAAUGCCACCAGUGGCCAGUUAUUAGGCCGUUCAAGGGCUAUCGAUAACCAAAUCUUUACGGUUUUAUGCUCUCCGGCCAGAAAUCCAGACUCUGGGCUCUACCCAGCCUACGGUCACUCCUUAGUGGUGGACCCCUUUGGCAAAAUUAUAGCAGAGGCAGGGGAAGGUGAGCAGACUGUUUUCUGUGAGCUAGACCCAGAGGUGAUUCACAUGGCCCGGGAGAGCAUUCCAGUUUCUCUUCAGAGGCGAUUUGAUGUUUACGAUGACAUCAGUGUCAACGCAAAGAUUAACGAGGAUUAA